AUGCUACAUGAUCUGCUAAUACGUCUCGCAGAAAUGCUCACGCGCGACCUCAAAAAGUCAAACGACAACAUGGUCGUCCAUGGCAAGCUGAUUCUGAACUUGUCUACGAACCUCAGUGCGCCCAUCAGCCAAGGCGCGCAAAGUGCGACCCGUCCGACCGCUUCCCCCCACCUAUCUGUCAAUGGCGCCGUCCCAGGCGCUGUUACCUCGACCCCUCAGGCCUCAACCACAAACCUCCACCCUCCCGACGUCUAUCCUGGCCAGCAACGACCCUCCGUCUCGGCCCAGUCCAGCGCUCAGAGGCUCAGCCAGGCUUCCGCAACGGGCCCGCCCUCGGGACCCGCUCCUAGCGGAGCGACACCGGCUCGCAAUGGUGCAUAUAGUGCGUUCGAAGAUGCUCAAGGACGGCUACCAGAGGGCUGGGAACGUCGAGAGGACCAUUUGGGCCGAACCUACUACGUCGAUCAUAACACGAGGCAAACGACGUGGAUCAGGCCUGGUGCGGGCUUCAACGAGGCAGAUCAACGCACCGCCAUGGCAGCACAAACGCAACAGGAGCGCACUAGGCAUCAGAACCGCAUGUUGCCCGAGGAUCGAACAGGAGCAAACUCGCCCACACUUGCUGAAAGACAGCCGUCGCCACCGGCUGGCUCUGCGAGCGCAGUGAGUAUGAUGGCCACAGGAGCAACAACGGCUGGCACAGGAGAGCUUCCCUCUGGCUGGGAGCAGCGUCACACUCCUGAAGGACGGCCAUACUUUGUUGAUCACAACACGAGGACGACCACAUGGGUGGACCCACGCAGACAGCAAUAUAUUAGGAUGUAUGGUGGACAGGCGGCAAACGGCAGUACCAUCCAGCAGCAGCCCGUUUCACAACUAGGUCCCCUACCCUCAGGAUGGGAAAUGCGCCUUACCAACACCGCCAGAGUCUACUUUGUCGACCAUAACACGAAGACUACGACAUGGGACGAUCCGAGGUUGCCGUCUUCUUUGGACCAGAAUGUCCCACAGUACAAGCGUGACUUCCGUCGAAAACUCAUCUACUUCCGAUCGCAACCAGCGCUCCGCAUUGUGUCCGGGCAAUGCCACGUCAAGGUCAGACGUACCCAUAUCUUUGAAGACUCGUAUCAUGAGAUUAUGCGCCAAAGUGCAGCAGAUUUGAAGAAGCGACUGAUGAUCAAGUUCGAUGGCGAAGACGGCCUGGAUUACGGAGGUCUUUCGCGAGAAUUCUUCUUCUUGCUUUCUCACGAAAUGUUCAACCCCUUCUACUGUCUGUUUGAGUACUCGGCCCAUGACAACUAUACGCUUCAGAUCAAUCCCCACUCAGGCAUCAACCCCGAGCAUCUGAAUUACUUCAAAUUCAUUGGUCGUGUUGUCGGCCUCGCUAUCUUCCAUCGCCGUUUUCUGGACGCCUUCUUCAUUGGUGCCUUCUACAAGAUGAUUUUGAGAAAGAAGGUGGCUUUGCAGGACAUGGAGGGCGUGGACGCUGAUUUCCACCGCAACUUGGAAUGGAUGUUGUAA